CCAAGCCACAGAUCAGAGCACCGGCAACAGUCAGCGGUGUGGAUUAUGACCAGCGGCGAUCCUGUUUAGCACAGCACCGUACAACAACUUCACUUGACUUCCACUUGUUUGGAAAUCCGCGUAUCUACAUUUGAACUGUUCCCUUCGAUCGCGUCGUGGACAACGUUAAAGCAGGAGGACAGACGUAUCGCUGAAGAUGUCAGUGGUGGGAUUCGACUUGGGUUUUCAAAGCUGCUAUGUAGCUGUAGCCAGAGCCGGAGGAAUCGAGACAAUUGCAAACGAGUACAGCGACAGAUGUACACCGUCAUUCGUAUCAUUUGGACCACGGAAUCGAGCUAUAGGAGCCGCUGCAAAGAGCCAGGUUGUGACCAACUGUAAGAACACAGUGCAGGGUUUCAAGCGAUUCCAUGGCAGGGCGUUCUCGGACCCUUAUGUGCAGUCGGCCAAGUCUCACCUGGUGUAUGACCUGGCGCCGAUGCCCUCUGGCUCCACCGGUAUCAAGGUGAUGUACAUGGAGGAGGAGAGAAUAUUCAGCAUCGAGCAGGUCACUGGCAUGCUGCUGACCAAACUGAAGGAGACUGCUGAAAGCGCACUGAAGAAACCGGUCGUUGACUGUGUCAUUUCGGUACCAAGCUUCUACACUGAUGCAGAACGGAGGUCCAUCAUGGACGCCGCCCAGAUCGCCGGCCUCAACUGUCUGCGACUAAUGAAUGAGAACACUGCGGUGACUUUGGCGUAUGGAAUCUACAAACAGGACCUCCCAGCUCCAGAGGAAAAACCCCGGAUCGUGGUGUUUGUUGAUCUGGGCCACUCCGGUUACCAGGUGUCAAUUUGCGCUUUCAACAAGGGAAAGCUCAAGCUCUUGGCCACGGCGUUUGACUCGGAGCUCGGCGGGAAGGACUUCGACGACAUCCUGGUCAACCACUUCUGCGAGGAGUUCGCGAAGAAGUACAAGCUGGACGUCAAGUCCAAGCCCCGGGCUCUGAUCCGGCUCUACCAGGAAUGCGAAAAGCUCAAGAAGCUGAUGAGCGCCAACUCCUCCGACCUGCCGCUCAACAUCGAGUGCUUCAUGAACGACAUCGACGUGUCCAGUAAGCUCAACAGAGGCCAAUUUGAGGAGAUGUGUGCGGGGCUGCUGGCCAAAGUCGAGGGUCCCCUGCGCAGCGUCAUGGAACAAUCCAAGCUGAAAAAGGAGGACAUCCAUGCAGUGGAGAUCGUGGGCGGCGCCUCCAGAAUCCCCGCCAUCAAAGAGCGCAUCAGUAAAUUCUUCGGCAAAGAGCUGAGCACCACUCUGAACGCAGACGAGGCCGUGGCCAGAGGCUGCGCCCUGCAGUGUGCUAUUUUGUCACCAGCUUUCAAAGUUAGAGAGUUCUGCAUCACUGACAUCGUCCCCUAUCCCAUCUCCCUAAAGUGGAACUCUGCUGCAGAGGAAGGGCUGAGUGACUGUGAAGUUUUCCCAAAGAACCAUGCUGCUCCCUUCUCAAAAGUUCUCACCUUCUUCCGGAAAGAUCCGUUCACUCUUGAGGCUUACUACAACAAUCCCAAGGACCUACCCUACCCCAACACCACUAUAGGCCAGUUCUUGAUCCAUAACGUGGUCCCUCAGGCAUCGGGUGAUAGCGCCAAGGUCAAGGUCAAAGUUCGAGUCAACAUCCACGGUGUGUUCAGCGUGUCGAGCGCGUCGCUAGUCGAAGUCAUAAAGUCGUCUGAGGAGGAGGAGCCGAUGGAGACGGACCAGACGGCCAAAGAGGAGAACAAGAUGCAGGUGGACCAGGAGGAUCAGAAACUCGCAGCCGGAGACACCGCAGAGAAGAAAUCAGAGACUGAAGAAAUGGAGACAUCAACAGAAGAUGCCAAGCAGGAGAAGAAGAACGACCAGCCUCCUCAGGCCAAGAAGCCCAAAGUGAAAACGAAGACGGUGGAGCUGCCCGUAGAGAACAAGCUGCACUGGCAGCUGUCCAGCGAGGAACUAAAUAUGUUUGUGGAGAAUGAGGGUCAGAUGAUCAUGCAGGACAAGCUGGAGAAGGAACGAAACGACGCCAAGAACAACGUGGAAGAGUACGUGUAUGACAUGAGGGACAAGCUGCACGGCGUGCUGGAGAAGUUUGUCAAUGAAGCUGAUCGGGAUUCUUUCUCUUUGAAACUGGAGGACACAGAAAACUGGCUGUAUGAAGACGGAGAGGACCAGCAGAAACAAGUUUACAUCGAUAAACUGGCCGAGCUCAAGAGCAUGGGCCAGCCCAUUCACGAGCGCUACUUGGAAGCUGAGGAGAGACCCAAAGCCUUCGAGGAGCUCGGCAAACAAAUCCAGAUGUACAUGAAGAUCACCGAAGCCUUUAAGGCAAAGGACGAGCUGUACGAUCACCUGGAUGAGCUGGAGGUCGUCCGGGUAGAGAAGCAGGUGAACGACGCCAUGGUCUGGAUGAACAGCAAGAUGAACCAGCAGAACAGCCAGGACCUCACAAAGGACCCGGUGAUCAAAGUGAAGGAGAUCCAGGCCAAAACCAAGGAGCUUUAUUCAGCCUGCAACCCGGUGUUAUCCAAACCCAAACCCAAAGUGGAGCCCCCCAAGGAGGAGAAGACCGAGAACGGCCCCGUCAACGGGCAGGAGGGCUCCGAGAACCAGCCGUGCAACCCCGACAAAGCCCCCGCGGGCACGGAACAGGAGACGGCGGAGAACAAGCCUCCAGAGAUGGACAUUGACUAGCUGCUGCCGCCGUCAGCUGCGUCCCUCCCUCCACUCGUCCCGAUUCUGUCCUCCUGAGAUUGAUAUUGAUGACAUGGUAGCCUCCCGAAGAUGCAGACAGCAGAUUCUCUAAACCAUCCUCUUAAAUCACCCGGCCUUCCCCAUCGUGUCACUUCCUUUUUUUUUUUUUUGUUCUUUUCUUCGAUGGAUACGAAAAUAUUGCAUAUAAUGUUGAAUUGCACUACUUCAUAAAAGUGUGCGAGAUGGAAACUGCUUUCUCUGUGCUGCUUUGGUGGCUAGUAUGUUCAAGAUUGUUUAAUUCCAUUUCUCCGGAGCACAUCUGCGACGUGAAUGUCCGAUUUUGCGGGUGGGCGGGGGAAAUGGGCUGUUCAGAAAACCAUUAGUAAUUUCCAGAAAAUUCACACUGCAGUAUAUCGAUGGUUAAAGUGAUCGGCUCUGAUGGAUUGUUUCAAGCUGUACAUGACGAAUGACGCAUUUCUUUUUCGACACAGUAACCGGGUUGUAAUGUAUUUAGUUGAUGAGGAACUGAGGAGUAUUUGUUGAGUUUCUAUGUACCGUACGUUAAAACUAGAUACUAAGGUUUGCUGUCAUGCAGUAUCUCAUCGUUCCGCUUUUUCUCAUUCGACAGCAAAGGUCCGUUCGUUGUUCUCCGGUAGCCUUGUAUUGUUUUUUUUUCUACUUAAGUGUGUGAAUGCUGGUCCCAACGAAGCACCUCCUGGGGUACUGAUGUUGGUUCUUUCCACUUCACUGAAAAAAGCUAAAUAAAUCUUGACAAGAACAGUA